AUGUGGGAGACGAUUCCUUUUGCGCUCGAUUUUAAAGUUUUCCUCUUUAAUUACACGAACCCAGACGAAAUUCAGAAAGGUGCGAUCCCUAUUGUAAAGGAAGUUGGACCUUAUUACUUUGAAGAAUGGAAGGAAAAAGUGGAGAUCGAAGACAACGAAGAGAGUGACACGAUUAAUUAUAAGAAACGGGACACGUUCUACUUCAAGAAGGCUCUUUCUGCGCCUGGGCUCACCGGAGAAGAAGAGAUUGUUCUGCCUCAUAUAUUUAUGAUUAGCAUGGCAACAAUAGUAGCCCGUGAAAAGCCAGCGAUGUUAAACAUGUUAGGGAAAGCGUUCAAUGGUAUUUUUGAUAACCCUGAAAAUAUUUUCAUGAGAGUGAAACCUUUGGAUCUAAUGUUUCGAGGUCUGAAUAUAGAUUGUGCUAAAACCGAGUUCGCUCCUAAGGCAGUGUGUACAGCUAUUAAAAAGGAGGCGGCAGACCGACUUAUUUUUGAACCGAAUAAUCAGUAUAAGUUUUCGCUUUUCGGAAUGCGAAACGGUACAGUUGAUAAACACGUAGUAACCGUGUUACGAGGAAUCAAGAAUGUGAUGGACGUCGGUAAGGUAGUUGCGAUCGAUGGUAAAACAGAGCAAAGUGUCUGGCGGGACACGUGUAAUACUUUGGAAGGGACAGAUGGGACUGUGUUCCCGCCAUUUUUAACUGAAUUUGAUAAGCUUGAAUCAUUUGCGGGAGAUUUGUGCAGAACCUUUAAACCCUGGUACCAAAAGAAGACCUCCUACCAGGGCAUCAAAACGAAUCGAUACAUCGCCAAUAUCGGUGACUUGGCUAACGAUCCAGUACUACAAUGCUACUGUGAGGCACCAGAUAAGUGCCCUAGAAAGGGUCUCAUGGAUCUCACUAAAUGCAUGGGAGCACCGAUGUAUGUCUCGAUGCCUCACUACUGGGAUAGUGAUCCGGAACUUUUAAAGGAAGUCAAGGGUUUGAAUCCUGACGUUGAUCAGCACGAAAUUGUUAUAGAUUUUGAGCCGAUUACAGGUACUCCGAUGGUAGCGAAGCAACGAGUCCAGUUUAGUAUGCAGCUAAUUCAAACUGACAAGAUGGAGAUUUUCAAAGACUUGCCUAACACCAUGGCACCCUUGUUUUGGAUUGAAGAAGGUUUAGCUCUGAACAAAACCUUUGUGAAGAUGUUAAAACAUCAGCUGUUUAUACCGAAACGCAUAGUGGGCGUGGUCCGUUGGUUAUUAGUCGCUGGAGGUUCCCUUGGCGCCCUCGCAUGUCUGGUGUUCCAUUUCAAAGACAACAUAAUGCGUUUCGCCGUUUCUGCAGACUCACCGAGUAAAGUGAAGCCGGAAAAUGUGGAAAACAAAGAAACGGCUGUUACUGACCAGAAUAUGGAACCGCCAAAAAUUGAAAUGUAA